AUGCUUUCCAGUUGGCUUUUGGUCGUCUUCUCGACUAUUUUUGCGUGUGUUCAUGCUGCUGCGGACGCUGUUGUGACCCAUAAGGUUUUCUUGGACCUGUCUCACGGCGACAAGCCCGCUGGACGGAUUGUGCUUGGACUGUUUGGGGAGGUGGCUCCCAAGACUGUCCAAAACUUCUACGAAUUGGUCACUUCUGAGGAUCCAACUAUGGGAUACAUUAACUCUACUUUCCACCGUGUGAUUCCCAAUUUUAUGAUUCAAGGUGGUGACUUUACUGACCAUUCAGGAAUAGGUGGAAAAUCGAUCUAUGGUUCUUCUUUCAAAGACGAAUCGUUCGAAUUGAAGCACGACAAACCUGGACGUCUGUCGAUGGCCAACAGGGGCCCCAACACUAAUGGUUCGCAGUUUUUCAUCACAACUGUCCCCACUCCAUGGUUAGAUGGCAAACAUGUUGUGUUCGGAGAAGUCCUAGAGGGCAUGGAUGUGGUCACAUAUGUGGAAAAUGUUCCAACGGCUGCUGGGUCGCGGCCAAAACUUACUGUGCGUGUUGUCAGCUGUGGUGAGAUCGAGACCAUCCCUGUGAAAGAACAGCGCAAGGAAAGGAAUCACGAUGAAUUGUAG